CGCAGCGUCAGUGCUUCUCUCCACGGGCCCAAGCUUGGCUUGUCAACCGUGCCGAGCCAGACUCACUGCACUCGGAGAGAGAGGGACAAGACAGCCCGACGCUGCAGUCGGCCCCUCGAUCCACACGCGAUUCCGCGAUUCGCCAGCACCCGACCAUGUACCCGCAAUCCUCCACGCCUUGGGGUUUGUGCAUCUUCGUUAGCACUGCAUUUGUCUGUAAAUGGCCAGGGAAUACCGGUGAAGCUUUCGACGAGGCAGGCACGAUCCCGUCACAUGACGUCGUGGUCGACCCAUCGGAGUGCCAUUCCGUACAGUCGUGGAAGGCGCAAUAGCCCUCUCUUUCCCCGCGCCUCCUCCUGGCCGUGGCAGCCAGAAUACUAAGCUGGAGCCCGGCUCAGCGUGUCGACGCCCGCGCCAGCCCGACACAGAAGGAGCAACCGCGACACGGCCCAUUGCCUGCCCACAGCCCACGGCCCACGCUCGCGCCGACACUUGCGCCUGCCUCUCGACGAGCCUUGACGCCUCGUCCACGGCUUGAACUCCCAACAUCCUCGCGAGCCAGCAAUUAAUUCUUUUUUCCCUUCCAUCUCAUCCUCACGCGAGCAGCCACCAACCCUUCUCCUCGCAAUCAAACCGCGCGUCCUCAUCUAGCCUCCCCCCCCAACGCUCGUCAUCAGGCCAGGCCAGCACGGUCUGGGAUCCAGGCGCCUUCUCUUCUUCCCUCAACUUAGAUCCCGUCCUGUCGCCGUCCUCCACCACCUCUGCCAGCGCCUGGACGGUUUCCUGCUGGACCGAGCUCCCUUCCCCAUCACCCGUCGAGUCACUGCUCCGACGGUACCAACCGAUUCCAAGCCAUGUACCACUGCUGCCACAUCUGAAUUCAUGUGCCACAGGCGAGUCCUUUGAGCGACUUUUGACUACCUACUACCGCAUUCUCCCCGUGCACCAGGCCGGGCUUUCUUUUCCAAUUUGAACAACCAUCCUUUUCAGCACACCACCAACGCGAAAACUUUCUUCGUCGUGGAGGCAAUUUGAGACAUUUGCCUCGCGGGCCCGGCGAGGUAGCUCACCUCGGCACACUCGGCCGAUUCCGAACCAUUCAUCAUCCUUGGAAUCCAGCAGCUCGCCGUCCCACUGCCACUGCCACGGACCGUCUGUCUGCUCGUGGUCAAUCACCACCUUGCCCGCUCGUCCAGUUUGCUGUUGCAGCCUUCACCCGAGGCUGGCACAGAUUUGGGCAUUGCAGAAAGCCCAGCAGAAUGGCUUCAUCUGCGCCAGUGACCGUCUUCCCUUGGGAGUGCCGGGAUAAAGAGGAUCAGGCCAAAGCCUCCUAUGAAUUCCCUCUCCGGCGUGCCAACCAGGAAUUGACAGAGGAGAACCUGCGCCUCAAGCGUAUCCUGCGAGAGAAUGGCAUCUCUUGGUCCCCGGUUGCCCAAGCCCAUCUCAAGCAGCGAGACCCUAACAAGCGCCGGACCCGAUCGUCCAUGGCGCAUGAUCUCGGCCGCCCGCACCUUCCCACGGAGGUCAUUCUGCGCAUCCUCAAAUUCGCUCUCACGAGCGCACAUCCGAUCAUUGACCCCCUUAGCCCUACCACGUCCGACCACCUCACUGAGCGCGAGAAGACAAGAGGCAAUCAGAUUGCCAUCCACAUCCUGGCCACCUGCCGAGCACUGCAAGUCGAGGGCACUCGUUACCUUUGGGAAGGUAAUGAAUUCACGUUCACGACGCCCGAGGCCCUUCGUCACUUUGCGGAACUGAGCCCUGGCUUUCGCCACAAGGUCACCACCGUUCGCCUUCGCAUUGUGGCCCGAUACUACGACGACCAGCGUCGUAAACACAAGCUGGAGCGGUACUACCAUGCCGAUUUGAAGCGAGAUCAGAACCUCAAGGUCCAGAUGAGGCCCAAGGAGACACCUCUUGUGCGUGGCGGGUUUCGGUGCUACACUUGGACCCAGAUCGUCGACUUCCUUGCCGCUCUCCGAGCUCCCUACGACCCGGCUUACCGUGACAAGAAGAAUCCUCGCCCCAGGCUGUUCCCUGCGUUGUCGACUUUGCGGAUGGAUCUCGUCAACUUUUCGGACACGCUGCUUCCCUUUUCCGGCUCUGAGCUGCAUGACAUUGCGAGCCAUGAGCUUGGAUGUACGCUCAAUGAGCUGCAGAUUACGGGAAUGCCUUUCGACGACGCCGGCAUGAAGGCGUCCGCCGAGCUCAGUGGCAUGCUCAAGGACGAGGGACUCUAUCUCGACGGCCCCGCCUCGUUCAUUGCCCUCUCCAAACACUUGCAGCCCUUGUCGGGUCAAAGAUGGUGUGCGCGAGUCAUCCGGGCCUGGAAGGGAAAUCCUGUGGGAUCCGACUACGACGAUGACGAUGAAGUUGACGACAACCUCGCACACUUCAAUGGCAAUCACCAGCGGCUAGGUGCCCUUCCUCCCGCUCCUGUGGAACAGGGUCACCCAACCUCCACCCGGGAUGAGGACACGGUCAUCUGGAAAAAGGUGCCCACAUCCCGCGAUGGCCACAAGCGCACCUGGAUCCAAUUCUCUCGAUUUAGUGGAUACGAGAUCAACGACCUGGAUGAUGACAGUGAAGACGAAGGGGUCUGCCCCUGCUGCGGAGAGUCGCAUCCAGGCUCGUCCUUUCUCGAGUACAUGAUGGCGGAUGAUCUGGACUGACACCCGUAUCAGCACGACCCUUGAGUGCAUUGAUGGUCCUUGAGUGCUCUAUUGUCGGCAAUGUGCAACGGGAAAACGGAGUUCGGUUUUGGCCAUUGGGCGAGAUGGAGGACAGCAUUGCUGCAUGACUAGAUACCCUUUAGCUAGCGGAGACGUUCCGGCUUGCGUGAGUUUAAUGAAUGGAGCUUGUUUUUUUGAGCCAAAGGUCUCACAACGCUUGUCGCGAGAAUUUCCCACGUUGCCGAUGUUUUGCUGGGC